UCCGAGGGACAGUGGAAGCCCAGGGGUGGGUCUACUUGUCGCAAGGUAGGGAGAAUGCUAUGGUCAUAGAGUUGACACUCGGGAAUACGCCGGACGAGCUGUUUAGGAAGGCAGAAGCGGAGGUUGUAUGGGUUGCAUGUCAGCGGAGGGAAAUGGAAAUGGAAAGGGUAGAUGUGCGGGUGGAACUUGGGGAUAGAGGAAGCAUGAGGCGACCCGUCAAAACCAUGCGAUGUGUGCUGCCUCCCUUCCUGGUGGAUGCGGUUUUCGGAACCCGAAGCAGGCUAGUACAGAUAUGUCAGUCGAUGAUGAACCUCAGACUAUACCAGUGCGCAAGGCAAGACUUCUUGCGGUUGUUGAUAGAAAUGGGGCCGUUCGAAGGGAACUGGGCAGACGAGCUGACCGAGAUACUAAACUACCUUAGCAUAGACAAUGUCUUUGUCUCUAACUCUGUGCAUUGGAGGAUAAUCCACAGGAAUGUGGCAAUAGGGGAGACGUUUCUGGAAGGGAAGGAAAUCUCCUCAGGGGAAAGCUCGGGGAAAGCUGGGGGAAGCAGGCAAGGGACUCAGGAAACCAAGGAGGGCAGGAAUAAGGAUAGGACAAGCCCUCGGAAUUCAGAGGGAGCUGUGUCUAAGAAAGUAAGGGUCACGGAUGCCAGGCGUAAGCUAGCAGAGAUAGAAGAAAGGACCGCGGAGUACAAGGCAAGAUUGAUCGAGGAAAUGAUGACUGGGAACGAAGAAGGUCUUCUGCAGGAAGAACCGCGGGACGAACGGAGGACCGACCGAGGGGGAAUUGGGCAAGGGGAUAAGGGUAGUGACCGUGGGGGAACGCCGAGCAAAAGAAGGAAAGAGAGAGAGAACUCUCUGGGAAUGGAGGCAGAGAAAGCUACGAACCCACCAACCACAGAUAGUAGGGUUAGCCGUCUGCCGACCACGCCAGCGGUAACGCGAGGAUGUGAAGGACUCUGGAGCCUUAGGGAAAGGGUGUUGGGAUGGUUCGACCCGGAAGGAACUACAAAGACUAGGGAGGGACAGAAGGCCGGCAAGGAAGGACCGGAUACCAGUAUGGCGGGGGAGGCCAGUAGCUCUGAAGGCGGCCUUAGGAAGAUAGUAUCGUCCCUCGCGCGAGCACUGAACAAAAAUCAAGGCUACCUAGCGGACGCUAAGAAGAAGUUGACGUUUGACGGGGCGAACAUCACGAAAUUCUUGAUAGAUUACGAGAAUCUGGGCGCGCUGUUGAAAUGGACCGAAGAAGAAAAGAUGGACCACCAGGGGCAGCACGUAUCUUUGAGCUUGGGGCGGGACAUAAUGGCCAUCGUAGCCGCGACUCGAUCCUGGAAGGAAACCCGGGAUGUAAUGAUGAGGAAAUACCUGGCAGCGGAGAAGAUGGCAACAAAGGCCGAUUUGGCGGCAGUCCAGAGAAAGAACUUCGCAACGUACAAUGACUUCCUACGGGAGUUUACUAUGGUAGCACUAAGGAUCCCCGGGGUUACGGACCGAAUAAUGAGCAAAUACUUCCUCAGGGAGUUCUCCGAGUUCGACAAAGACAAGAUUCUGUCGGCUUACCAGCAGACGAGCAAGUUCGUAAACACCAGGGAUGUUGAUUUUAGCACAGUAACGGAUCUGGCCGAAAAGACAGUAGUGACCGAGACGUUGGCCUUGCUUAAGGAAGGGGAGGUCAUAGAUCUGACCGGUAGGACAGGCGACAAGGUAAAGAAAGGGAUUGAAAGUCUACAUGAAUGGGUGCACGGAGUCGACAACAAGAUUGAAAGGGUGGAGAACACGCUACUGGUUAUGCAGGUGCAAGUAUCCCGACCAGCCCUCCCUCCCCAGGAAGCCGUAGUUCCGCCAGGUGUAGCCAAACGAGGAUUCGAACGGAGAGAUCCUGCUAAUGAGCAAUGCAGACGUGAUAGGGUGAACGCGACUACUCGGCUAGGGACGACUGGGAGAAGGAUUAUUCGUGACACCGUGAUGAAGAAGGUUGCUGGAAGUUCCGUACCCCAGGCAGAGUCUGAGGCUGGGGAACCAGAAGAAGUUUAUGGGAAGCCUAGGGAAGAGGAGCCUACGGAUAAAGUUACCACCGCUAAAAAGAAGUUUAGGUACCGAAUCCUGAUCUUAUCUAUGUCUGAAAUCGAUGACACCCUUAGCAAAUUACUGGGGACCAUGGUGUCAAUGUCGUUUCAGACCAUGCUGCAGGCCAGCCCUAGGCUGCUCAAAGGGCUUAGACAACUGUUGACUCGGCAGCAAGUAGAGAUAGACGAAAACCCCGAAUCACCGGAAGAGGAAAGGGAGGAGGAAGCUCCACAAGAAGUCGCUAACCUUCAGAGGAGUCGUGGGGAUUUGGAGGAUCUCGAGAAGGCCUUUGCGGACAUCCGCCUGAGCCUACCAGACCGAGAAGGUGGUGAGGUCAUGAGGGCACCUCCCGAAACAAAGCUCAGCUUCCAUUCGCUACCCGUAGGAAAGCUAAAAAUCCAGAUCGGGACCCAUCAUAUCGACGCAUUAGUAGACGGGGGAGCGGAAAUCACUCUCAUAAGGAGGGAUUUCGCAACGAUCACGGGCUGUACGGUAAAUAAGGAGGUAACACGAAGCAUCCGGGGAGUUGGUGGGGAAAUCCCGUUCGCAGGGUAUGUCACGAAAUGCGCAGUCAAGGCAGGAGUCAGGGAGACGAUCUGUUCGUUCCAACGGAUGACAGCAAUGGAGGAAAUGGACCACGAUAUAAUCCUUGGGAGACCGUGGUGCGCAAACGUAGAAAUGAUAGACAUGCACUUGCAUGAUGGCACGUACAUGGUAGAUAUAGAGGACCCAGUGACCAGCCGGGGUGAGCUCCUCCGACUCCUCGGGACGGGAGGAGACCCCCCGAAGGGGAAGUUGGCAACGUGGUCGCCGUCGUUCAAAGAUAGCGCACGAAAAGGGGCUUUUGCACGAAUGGAGGGCAUGAGAGAAAGGGUAGAAAUUAUGAUUGAGGAGGCAUUCAACAAGAAGGAAUGGAUCAAGAUGGGCCUGCCCCAGAAGAAGAGGAGGCAGGAUGACAAAAUCUUGGGAGUUAUUGUAGCAGAAAAGGAAUCAGAAGUCGAACUCGGUGCCAGCCUGCCCAGACGGAAAAAAGUACGUAUGGACGUGCCAGAAGUCGCACUCGAGAUCCCCGAUUUGUUACAGCUCAUCAAGGCCCUCAGAUACCACAAGGUAGGAGUGGACUCGGCGGCCUUGGCCAAAUUCGAAGGAGAGGUGCAAAAGGGAUAUUGUCUGAAUGGGAAAUUAGUUAGCAUUCAACCACCAAUCGUAGAGGCGACAAAGGCAAUCCCGGAAGAGGUUAUGGAGAAGGAGGAGGAAGUCCUUCGAGUGAUCCAAGAGAGGAGAGUGAUGGAAGGGCAUCGGAUACCAGAUGAGGUAGCUGAUACAAUGAAGAUAGGGGUAGACGGAUUCCUAACGGAAGAGGAAAACUGCCUGAUCAAAAGGACCUGCCAAGAGUUUCACCUGGCAUUUGCCUUUAGUGAUCACCAAAAAGGACGGCUGGAUGCAAAGCUGAUUCCUCCAGUCAGAAUCCACACAGUAGAACAUGAGUGCUGGAAUGACAAGGGUCCGUCCUAUGAAUUCGGGAUAGCAGGGGAAGUGACAGACCUUCUUCGAGCGAAGAUGGACUCCUUCGUCGCAGAACCUACGGCGUCGCCAUACGCAAACCGGUGGUUCGUCUUUCGGAAGCCCAACAAGACGCUAAGGUGGAUUCAGGAUCUACAGAAGUUGAAUGCGGUAACCAUCCGGGAUGCUGACUCGCUACCUCAGGCUGAUUUAUUAGCAGAGUCGCACGCCGGUUGGAGCAUUUACUCCCGGAUCGAUCUGUACUCAGGGUACGACCAACUUCCAUUGGAUGUCCGGGACAGGCCGUACACCGCAAUGCACACCCCCGUAGGACAGUUGCAGAUGCAGGUGACUCCUAUGGGCUUUACGAACGCGGUAGCCGAAGCACAAAGGAGAAUGCUCGCCGUAGCCGGAGACAUGUUUCCAAAAAAGUGUGAGCCCUAUAUCGAUGACAACCCAAUCAAAGGCGCUCAAGAGAAGGACGAGACUAAAGUCCAGCCGGGAAUUCGAAGGUUUGUAUGGGACCAUCUACAAGACAUCAAGGACUUACUCCGCCAGUUCCUAGUAUACAACAUUACGGUCAACGGACCAAAGAGUAUUCUAGCAGUACCGGAAGUAACCAUACUAGGAUUUCACUGCGGUGCUUACGGUAGGAAGCCAGAUCCGGCAAAGACCGACAAGAUCUCACAGUGGCCAACGCCCCUUUGCACGACAACGGAGGUAAGAGCAUUCCUAGGUGUGGUCGGCUUUUGGAGGAUCUUCAUUAAGAAUUUUGCCAAAAUUGCUGAGCCUAUCCGGGCUAUGAUCAGAGAAGAAGGGACCAUGGAUUGCACGGAGGAGCGAGAAGGAGCUGUCCAAACCCUCAAGGACAUACUGACAUCGGAGCAAGUCGCCUUGUCCGCACCCUGUUCCAAUGACGAAGUGGGACGACCCUUCAUCCUAGAGACAGAUGGAGGACCCUUGGCCGUCGGAGGCGUGCUGAUUCAAAGGGACGACGAAGGGAAAAAGAGGCCAAUUAGGUUCGAAAGUAGAACACUGAACUCCGCAGAACGGCGGUACUUACAGUUUAAGAAGGAGGUCCUAGCCAUCUUACAUUGCCUCAAGACCUUCCAAGCCUACCUAUUUGGGCGACGGUUCAUCCUUAGGAUCGAUCCGACGAAUGUUGCAGGGGCCUUAAAGAAUUACAGGCCUAUAGAUCCGACGGUGGGAAGAUGGGUAGGAUUUAUCUGGCAGUUCGAUUACAAAAUCGAACGGAUUGCGGGAAUCAGAAACAAGGCCGAUGGGCUGAGCCGGGUCUGCAUCAGUCCCGAAGGGGUGGAGAAUGCGGAGCCCAUAGACACGUUCCUUGAAUACGAAGGAGGAACUCUUGCAGUAGAUAACGAAAUGAUGGGCGAAGAAUGCGCAUCGGGAGAACUGUUAAUCCGAACUUUGGAGAAGGGAGCACCUGCCGUAGUAGCGGAACUUAGAGAAGGCACUCGAGGUCGCAAAGAGGAGAAAGACUCGUGGGGAGCGAUAGUAGGACCGAGGGAGGAACUAAUAGCAAUGGCGGUUGAGGGAGGUCGGGGAGCCGUGAUGAACUUAGUGAAAUCUUGGGAAAGGAGAGAGUUGCAAUGGAUGGUAAGCCAGACGCAGGAAAGAAAGGAUGAGGACCAGGAAGGGAAGGAGUUUUUCUAUGCCCAGAUAUACGAAGGGAUUUUUUGGGAGAUCGGGUUGUUGCUGGUAGGAAACAAACAACCCAUGGAAGUCAGCAUUAAAGCAAGGGAGGAGGCCGACAGGUACGUCCUAAGGGGCGACCAUCUGUUCCGAAGAGAGGAAGGUGCUAUGCCUAGAAGAGUUGUGUACGGGAGAUCUAGGCAGUUAGACAUUAUCCAGGCAAUGCACGACAGAUUAGCAGGAGGGCAUCGAUCGUCCAAAGGAACUCUUGCAAAGAUAACACCACUCUAUUAUUGGCCAGGCAUGGCAGGCAUGGUCGCCAUGUAUUGCCAGACCUGCCUUAUCUGCCAGGAACGAAACUCGGCGCGUGUCUUUGAGCCACUUAGACCUACGCGGGUGCUAGGGCCGAGACAUCUGGUCCACCUUGACCUUGCGGUCAUGCCUAUAUCAACAGAUGGGUACAUGUAUAUUCUAGAUGCGCGAGACAACUUGAGUGGGUUCGUCGAGGCGGUCGCCCUCAAGAAAAAAACAGGAAGAAGUGUAGCGGACUGCGUAGAAGACUUCUACUUGAGGCAUUCUUUCGUCAGGAGGUUUAUAGCGGACAAGGGACAUAAUUUGUGAACCAAGAAGUAUUGGGAAUGCUUAAGAGACUUUGCGUA